UUCGCUGUACUUGAUGCGCGCCAACCCGUCUUCUGCGAGAGUAGCAAGUAAGCAAUUACGCAAAGGAUACAGUUACUUUCUCAAACAGCACCUCGUCGGAUACGAGAUGGAAGACUCGGAUAUUCAAAGCAUGGAUGAGUGGGAUGACUCUGGAAGUGACUAUGAAGCCACAAUAAAUACGCCAAAACGAAAGUCGACAUCAGCCACAAACGCACGUCAGCCGCCCAAGAGACCCAGGCGUAAUACGGCAGCAAGAAUGACACCCAGCCCCAAUAGUCGUCCAAGACCUCAACAGUCCCCUCAGAAGAGAAUCAGUGCUAAAGACAUUUUUGAUGCUGUCUGCUCAGGAAAGAGUGCUAUGGUGACCGUGGUGGACGAGUGGCUGGACAUCUACAAACAGAGCCGUGAGGACGGGUUGCUUGUGCUCAUCAACUUCAUUGUUCAGUCCUGCGGAUGCAAAGGAGUUGUGAGCAGAGAGAUGCUGGACAGUCUUCAGAAGACAGACAUCAUCUCCCAGCUGGCAAAAGAUUUCAAAGAGGAUUCAGCCAACUAUCCUCUGUGUGCCACAGGCCCCCAGCUGAGAAAAUUCAAAGCUGGCUUUUGCGAAUUUGCCCAAGUGCUUGUCCAUUCCUGUCGGAACAGUCUCGUUUAUGAUGAGUACCUCUUCCCCUACGUACUGGAACUGCUCACCGGUCUGUCUGACUCCCAACUUCGAGCAUUUAGGCAUACCAGCACCCUGCUUGCUAUUAAGCUCACGACCGGGCUGGUGGAACAAUCUGUCAUUGUGUCCGACCAGCUGCAGACAACCCAGCGGCAGUAUGACAUGGAAAACAACAAGCAAUUGAGGGAUAGGGCCAGAGACAAACUAGAGGAGCUGCAAGCUGUCAUCAGCGAGAUGAAGGAAAAUCGAGAAGAGUUGUCAUCCAUUAUUGUCAGCACUUUCAGUGGUGUUUUUAUAAACCGCUACCGAGACCGUCUGCCUGAAAUCCGGGCUGCAUGCAUUGAGGAGUUGGGAGUGUGGCUUAAAACCGAUCCGGAAUACUUCCUCAAUGACAGUUGUCUGAAGUACCUGGGGUGGACUCUGUACGACAAGCGAAAUGUGGUACGUCUGCAGUGUGUGAAGGUGCUGCAGGGUCUGUACCAGAAUAUCGAAUUCAUUGGCCGCCUAGAGCUUUUCACCAGCAGAUUUAAAGAGCGGAUGCUCAGUAUGGUGAUGGACAAAGAACCACAGAUUGCAGUGGAAGUCAUUAAGCUAUUGGAGCUAAUUAAUCAGAGUGCAGAGGGAGGCCUCGAAGAAGAGGAAUGUGGGCAGAUAUACCCUCUGGUGUAUGUGAAACAUCAAGGCUUGGCAUCUGCAGCUGGUUUUUUCCUGUACAACAAGUUGAGAAGUCUGAUUGCCACUGAAGACGGAGAUAAUGAGAACACCAAUUCAGCUUUUAUUCAUGUCCUCAUCUCCUUCUUCAUUCAAAGUGAGUUGCACGAGCAUGCAGCAUAUUUGGUGGACAGUCUGUGGGCUGUUGCUGAAUCAGAGCUUAAAGACUGGGACGCUAUGACGACAUGUCUGCUGCAGGACUCGGGUUUGAUGUAUGAGGAUGAGGGGGCCCUGAUAGAAUUGAUGAUGUGCUGCAUGAGGCAGGCAUCAGAGGCGUCGCCACCUGUUGGCAGAGCUCAGAGAAAGAAGAGCGUCAAGGAUAAAAGAAUUCAGGAGAAAGAUCAAAGACGCAUUACAAACCACUUCAUCCCUUUACUUCCUCAACUUCUCACCAAGUACUCAGCAGACUCUGGGAUUGUAGGGCUCCUUCUGAAAGCGCCACUGUACUUCGACCUGGAGAUGUACAGCAGUUCUCCAUCCAUGGAAAAGCACUUGGACCUGCUCCUUGUUCAGAUUUGUGGCAUUAUGCUGAAGCACACUGAGACCACAGUGUUGGAUGCCUGUGCCACUCUGGUCGAUAAACUUUGCUCUGACUCCUUUAUCUUCUCCUCCCGUGCUGACCGAGCUUUCAGCCAGCUGAUGGACACUCUCAGUGAAUGUUUUUUCAGCAACUUAAGAGACCUACAUCACGCUGCUGCGGAUGAAGACAACGUAUACCGUGCCUCUACUCCCUUGAAGAGGCUUGCUGCCUUGAGCAGUGCCAAAGAUCCCCGCAGUUGGAGACUAUUUCAACCCUGCAUGCAGCUGAUGAAGAGCCAAAUCGAGUCUGGGUUCCCUGACAGAGAAUUUCUUCAGCUCAUGGUUUCUGCCCUGAGGUGCGCAGCUCACCACUUGAUAUGGGCUAAAGUCAGCAGUGCUCAAAACGUGAUGACUGAGGCAGAACUAGGGCUGUUGGAGAAGCAGGUGCCAUCCUUCUACAGAGUCUGUGAAAUGUGUCUCUCUGUGAACGAAGCUGACAUCCGAAAUGUGGCUUUUGAACUGCUAUGUGACCUGCUGUUGAUCUACAGCAAGCCAGCUCACUCCCAUCCGAACACACAGUCGUUGGUGUGUCUGCCGUCUGAGUCUCUUCGUGCAGAAAUGGGCGCUUUUCUGGUGGACUACAUCUUCACAGACGACGAAGAUCUUGAACUAAGUGGUGAGGAGGAGGAAGAGCAGAAGAUAACAGAGUUGCAGAGGAAACGCAGCCUGCUGGUAGGCUUCUGCAGGCUCAGCCUAUGUGGCGUGCUGGUCAUCCAUGCUGUCACGGAUGUCUUCAAAUAUUACCACAAGCGCUUUAGUGACUUUGGUGACAUCAUCAAGGAGACACUCAGCCGGACCAGGCAGAUCAGUCCAGUGUUGAGUGCCAAGACCAUUUGCCUGAGUCUUCAGCAGCUUUUCUCUGAGAUGAUGAGUGAAGAGCAGCAGGAUUUGAGUAUGGUUCAGGAAUUGGCCAAAAGACUUGCCUCUAGUUUUGGUGUUUUCCUUCCACAUGAACGUAAACCUCUGAUGGCCCUCCACAGCGAUGGAAUACGGUUUGCACUCAAAGAUGCAAAUGAAGAGCAGCAGCCUAAUGUGGCCUUUUUGGAGAUCCUCAGCCAGUUCAGCUCCAAAUUGGUGCUACAAGAUCGCAUGGAUAUAGCCAGUAGUAUAAGAAGUCAAUGUCCCACUACUGCCCUCUCAGGGCCAUCAGUCAAAAUGUAUCAGCGCUCUUUGGAGGGCCACCUCUUCAAAGUGAGUGAAGUGCAAGACAAAGGAGAGGUUCCCGUGAUCAACACCGCCACAAGCUCCUCAAUGGACGAGAGCAGCUUCCACAGUGGAUUUUCCACCCCGAUCAUGACCUCCACCCUUCUGAGACAGCCAGCAACACCAGUUACCACCACACUACCUAAGAUCCUCGAGUCUGAGGAUGAACGUACUUCAACUGAGCCUGAAUCAGAGGAAGACUUUUCCUCUGGGUUCAUGCGAAGAGUGAAGCCCAUCAGGCGGCGCGUGUCUGCUUUCACCUCCAGUGCCUCUUUGUUGGAUCAGCCUGAUUCACACUCCCACAGUACCAUGUUGUCUCCAAUUGAAGAUUUGGAGGAACCAGAAGAGGAAGAAGCUCACAUGAGUCAUUAUGAAACUGACGAUGAGGGCAGCUGCACACUGCCAUCUACACGUCACAUCAGUAUCAUGGACGAGCUGUUCGACUGAAGAUGAGGUCCAGAGCGGCGCAGAGACCUUUGUCCGUUCCGAAUGAAACAGUUCUUUGGUUAUAAGCGAUAGUGGAGUCGCUUCAUUUUGGUCAACACUGUUAUUAUACAUGUUAGAUUUCACAUUUUUUCUAAAGCAGUUCUAAUGUUCUUGGUUAAUUUUGAUCGCACUAGUGUGCUGUAUUGAUGCAAUACAAAAGAAAUGUUGAAAGAAUAAUACUAAAAGUUGGCAUUGCAGGUGUUUCACGAGCAGCGAAAUGCAUAAAAUUGUUCA